UAUAUAGUCCACAGCAACAUGGAAGCACCUGUUCUGACAAAAUAGCAAACAGGUGUCUUCUAAGCUAAAAACUGAGAUGUAGCAAGACGAAAUAACCCUAUUUUAUAGACUUAUCAAAAUGCAUUGGUUCACACUAUCUUUCUAAAAUGUCUGAAGAAAUAUGCUCAGUGUUAACUGAUUCAGGAAGCAGCUUUCCAAUCAAACCUCAGAUAGAUAAUUUACUGAAACUUGAUAAAAUUACUGUUGAAAGUGACUCCCUAAACGAUCCUUACUGCAUAAAUCACGAGAGUAAAGAUCCUAAGGUACCCAAUGGUAAAAUAAGACAUAAACAUGAAAAUGGUCUUGUCAGACAUGCAAAAUCAGUUGCAGAAUCACCACACCAAUGUCCAUGUUCUGGAAUUCAUGAUGAGGUAGAUGUUAGUAGCCAUACUUUUCAGGACAAUGAGUCUUCCAUGUGCAAAUCAUUCAAUCAGUUGGAACUUAAAAAAUGUGAACUGGAGGAACCAGAGAAUGAUGUAGUAGAUGGAAUAAAAUAUAUUGUUUACGAAUCAGAACUUCAGAUGCCAGACAUAAUGAGACUCAUAACUAAAGACUUGUCUGAACCAUAUUCUAUUUAUACCUAUAGAUAUUUUAUACACAACUGGCCAAAGCUUUGUUUUUUGGCAGUGGAUGAAGGGAAAUGUGUAGGUGCUAUAGUUUGUAAAUUAGAUAUGCAUAAAAAGAUGGUACGAAGAGGAUAUAUUGCCAUGUUAGCUGUAGAUUCAGACUAUAGAAGAAGAAAAAUAGGUUCUCAUUUAGUUCGUAAAGCAAUCAAAGCCAUGAUAGCUGAUGACUGUGAUGAAGUUGUUUUGGAGACAGAGAUUACAAAUAAAGCUGCCCUGAAUUUAUAUGAAAAUUUAGGUUUUGUACGAGAUAAACGUCUAUUCCGUUAUUAUUUGAAUGGUGUUGACGCAUUACGUUUGAAGUUAUGGUUACGGUGAAUUUUACUAUCCUUUUUAGAGUGUUGUUGUUGAGUAUAUGAAGAAUUAAAUUAUUUUUGUUUGUACAUAUAGAUAAUUUUAAAGAUGUGAUAAGGACAAAGUGUCAUCUGCAGAUGAUUAAAAAAUAUAGAUAUUGGUUUUAGAGUGUAACUGUGUUCUGAGUGGAAAAGAAUUUUAGACAUCGAAGAUGGCAAUUAAUAAGCAAAAAAUACUGUGUAUUUUGAAUAGAAUAUCUAUGCCUACAUGUAUUUUAAUGCACUAGGAUUUGGAAAGAAUGGCUCUUUUAAUUUCUACAAGAUAUUAAUUUUUGGGGAAUUAUAUAGCUGAAAUGCAGGCAAUAAAAUUUGAUCUCUCAGAAACAGAAUCACAUCGACAUUUUAACUAUUAAAGUAGAAAAUCAGACAUCAAUAUUCCACUUGUACAGCUCAACAACUCUCAUAAUAUGUUAUACUAAGAAAAGGAUGAAAUCCCUUGGUUUGCUUUAAAGUCAACAAACUGUCAUAGUAUGUUUGCAUUCAUAUUUUUAAAAUGUCAUAUCAUAUGUUCUAAAAAAACACCCUUCCUGUAUUUAAGUGAUUGAUAUUCUGUUUUUUAAUUUUUAUCCUUUUAAACUAUUUAUCUAUGUAACAGUAAAUUGAAAUUAAUGUGAAAAAAACAUGUCUGAUCCUAACAAGGGGGACCCAUUAAUGUCAAAACCAUAUACUCAAUUAAUUAAUGUUCUUAUACAGUGUACAUAGAAAUAUGUUUCAAGCUUUAAUGAAAUACAAAAAUUGUUAGGCAUUUCUCGAUACUGCUAAAUAUAUCAAGGUAUAAACACAGGAACACAAACUCCAAAUCUUAUCAACUUACCAAGGAAAACUGUAUUAUCAACUUCUAUGCUGUUAAAAGAAAAUGUACAUUUUUGCAGAAACAAUAAUAGCAUGAACCCUUGUGAAAGAGAAGACAGCAUGCACUUUAAUAGUUUAGAGCUUUAGAAGAACCUAUUUAUGACAGCCAUUAUUAUUUUUUGCAUUGUUCUUACCAAUGCUUACAGCUAUAAGCAAAAGGUGCCAAGAAUUUGCACUUCUAUUUAAAAUGCAAUUUUUUCAUUGUUAGGGCUUAAGAGAUAAAAAACACUUUCAUGCAAUUUGGACGCACUUGUUUCUGUAUGUUCUCUUGAUGAGAGCAUUUAGGAUAAGAAAAAUGAUUUAGUGUAUCUCUAAUUGUAGGGGCAAACAUUUUUUAAUGGUACAAAGAAUUGAAUACUUUUUAGUAGAUUACUGUGUAACACACAAUACUUCAGAAAUGAUUCACCAUUUUAGCAGACUUCCACAUCUGACAAUCAAAGAUAUGUCCAUAAGGAGUCUUUAUCAUACAUUGUGAAUGGCUUCUGGAACAGUCAUUUCAGGUUUCUACUCUAACAUUUGUCCAAAAUCACUUUUAAGAUACCCUUCAACUUGUUUAAAAUUUUUAUGUCAACAUUUGGGGUUUGAGCACCAUGCUGUACUCAGUGUAGCUCUUUAAUCUUGCUUUGUGUUAGAGUUUCUGAGAUGAAAUUUUAGUAGGAUUCUAAAUGAGAAAAUUCCGCAAUAAAAUGACAUGUUUCCAGUUUACCUCUCCUCCCGAUCUGUCAGAUGAUUCUCAGCAAAACCCAUUGCUUGCUGAUGAUAAAUUUAGUGUACUCUGUACUUGAUUUUUGCUUUAAGGGUUCCUUGAGUAAUAUUUAUAUAGGAGUUGAUUUGGUGAACUUCAAUAUAUAGUCAAGUGGUCAUGAAGAUAGUUUUGACACAAUGGGAGAGCCUGAAUCUGCUUCUCAUCCCAUUAAAUGGAUUCCAAUCUAACUAGAUUUUGUAGAUUUCUGUCCUGAAUUUGGACGCUAAUUGUUAAUAUCAGCAGAAAGUUAUACAAUGGUGUAAAGUUAUACAUUUGAAAGCUACCAAAUGAGUUGAAGUCAAACUUUUAUCCCUUCUUGUAAAAUGUAGUUAUGCAUGCUUUUAAUGAGUCAGACUUGCAUUUUCUUAACUAUGUACUUCAAUUGUGGAUCUUACAUUUGGCUUGUGUAUUUUGAAACAUUUAAGAAAGAUUGAAAUUUUGUAUGUAUUCAGGGUAAGAUACUAAUAUGGAUUUAUAUUUUGCUUUUUUUAUGAAACAAAGGUAAAUAUGCUAAGUAGCUUUAGACCAAAAGAGAUUGAUUGAGAGUAUAGAGAAAACACUUAAGUGGCAUCUCAAAAUCUGGAAUAGUGCAUUGUUUUCAGUUGCAAGUGUGUUGAUAGCAUAAAAGUUCAGGAUCUAACUCUAUUGAUACUGUACAAACCUACAGGUAGAUCAAAAGGUAAACAUUUUCUUUGUCAGAUUUAUAAUUGGAAUAAAAGUUUCAAAUGAUCCCUCUGUUUGAAUAGGUGAGGAAUGAAGAUUGUAGAAAUUCCUGUCUUUUUAAAUAAUUUUAGAAUUAUUGAAAAUACAUUUUGUAUAUUGAAUGGUAAGUUUUAGAGAACCUGUUUUGUAUUUAAAUUCUUUACUACACGUUCUUUGCAAAUGAUAAGUAUAAUGUAUGUGUAACUUGAGUGUGCAAAGUGGUAGAAAAAAAAUGUGUAAUGAAAUCCAUUGAGAUUAAAAUUGUAUUAAAUAAUUAUGACAGGGUUUUAAGAGAUAAACAAGACAAUUCGCAUUCUAUACACUAAGUUUAGUACCUUCUAUUUACAUUUACAACACCCUAUCUAAUGUUAUAGAGUUGAAUAAUACAUCUCGCAUAUCUUUGUUACAUCAUUCAGGCAUUUUGUGAAAAUGACAUGUAAUGUAACGUUCCUGAAACAUUUUAGGUCAUAUUUUGGAAGCAUUGUUUAAUUUACCAGAUUUCCUGAAACAUUUGAGGUCAUAUUUUGGAAGCAUUGUUUAAUUUACCAGAUUUAAUAUACAUGCUUGACAUUUGUUCAGUUUCGCAUCAGAUAUGAUAGUGCAGCAUAUUUUACAGUAUUUUGUUAUAAAAUCAUGUUUUGUAUAUAUUUCUUGGAGAGUUUAAUCUAGGCAAAACACUUUGCAUAUUAACAAAUGUAAUUCAGUCAAUCCCUAGGGUCCAUGUACAAUAUGCAUAUAUAAACUAGAUUCCUGAUAAAAACAUAUUCAGAAAAACACUUGGUAUUUGAACAUCUGUAAUAAUUUUGUUGGGAAAUGUGUCAUUUUGAAAUUUAUGAUGUAUUUUAAUAUAAUGGUACACAAUAGAAAUUCAAUGAUUUAAACUUAAUAGAAAUUUCUCAGGAUACAGAUCACAGCAGUGGUAGUGUUUUGGUUUCUAUAAAAAUUCUAAGGUAAUAACCAUUGUGAUGAAAUCCCUGUUAUUUAAAAUUGUAAAUAAAGAGAGAUAUGAUAUA